GUAACCAGCAGCGGCCUGAGGAGGCCGCCCCGCGGUCCCCACCCCCUCCACGCUGAGCUCGCGACACGCGUGCGGAGAGAGGACGCGAGCGGCUGGGCCAGCUGCGUUCCGAGCUCGGGCACCGCAGCUGCUUCUCCGCCAAGCGCCAGGCGUCCCCGCGGCGCUCAGUCCGAAGUCGGCCACCAUGGAGGCGCAGGCACGAGGUUUGUUGGAGACAGAACCACUGCACGAAAGAGAUGAAGACACGGUAGCUGGUGCAGAUUUCUCUAGCAUGCUCUCUGAGGAGGAAAAAGAAGAGUUAAAGGCAGAACUAGUUCAGCUGGAAGACGAAAUUACAACAUUACGACAGGUUUUAUCAGCAAAAGAAAGGCAUCUGGUUGAGAUAAAACAAAAACUCGGCAUGAACCUGAUGAAUGAAUUAAAACAGAACUUCAGCAGAAGCUGGCAUGACGUGCAGACCACCGCUGCCUAUAAGAAAACACAUGAAACCCUGAGUCACGCAGGGCAGAAGGCGACUGCAGCUUUCAGCAACGUCGGGACGGCCAUCAGCAAGAAGUUUGGAGACAUGAGGUCUCACUCCAUCGGCUACUCCAUUCGCCAUUCCAUAAGUAUGCCUGCUAUGAGGAAUUCUCCUACUUUCAAAUCAUUUGAGGAGAGGGUUGAGACCACUGUCACAAGCCUUAAGACGAAAGUAGGCGGGACGAGCCACGGCGGAGGCAGCUUUGAGGAGGUGCUCAGCUCCACGGCCCACGCCAGCGCGCAGAGCUCGGCCGGCGGCCAGCGGCGGCCCGAGGAGGAGGAGCUGCAGUGCUAGGCCGCCCCCCUGCGCCUGCGCCGCCUCCGGAGGCCCCUCCCCGCCUGCCCGCCCGCCCGCCCGCAUCCUGAUACCAAGACCAAAAUCCCACUGGGAAGACCCAGGCCUCGACCCUGUUCUUCAAAUGGCUUCUCUUCAAAUUUUAAUUAAAUGAUUUUCAUUUGUAUUUGUGUUGAUGGCGGACCACCUGACCGUCACACUUAAUUAUUCAUAGACUGUCAUCUUUUAAAAUGUCCUGACUUCAGCAGGUACACAAUUGUCCAUGGCCCUUGUCUGUGUGUAAUUCAACAUAUUUUCCAAAACGUAGCUAUUAUUUGCUAUGAGUUUUGCUUGGACUCCUGUACGAAGUGCAUGUCUUAGAAGGCUGAGUACCCCCUUUCAGUUCUCUCCGCGGGAUGGAGCUCUUUCUGACCAUCUCCAGCAAUGAAUGGGCACAUUUCAUCAAAUUGCUUGUGAUAUCCCUCACUUACUUCAAUUCCUUAUGUUUAUUUCAGCAAUUAAAAUAAUUGAUUUUAA